AUGACGCAAACCAACCUUACCAUCUUCCACCCCACAGUUUUUGUCCUACUUGGCAUCCCUGGGCUGGAGGCUUAUCACACUUGGUUGUCAAUACCCCUCUGCCUCAUGUAUAUCGCUGCAGUCCUGGGGAACAGCGUCUUGAUAGUGGUCAUCAUCACAGAACGCAACCUUCACGAGCCCAUGUAUUUUUUCCUCUCCAUGCUGGCAGUCACAGACAUACUUCUGUCUACCACUACUGUGCCCAAAGCCCUAGCUAUCUUUUGGCUCCAUGCUCAUCACAUUGCCUUCGAUGCCUGUGUCACCCAAGUCUUCUUCGUUCACACCAUGUUUGUGGGGGAGUCAGCAAUCCUGUCAGCGAUGGCCUUUGACCGCUUUGUGGCCGUCUGUGCCCCUUUGAGGUAUACCACCGUGCUAACGUGGCCUACUGUGGGAAGAAUUGCUCUGGCCAUCCUCACCCGAAGCUUCUGCAUCAUCUUCCCGGUGAUUUUCUUGCUGAAGCGGCUGCCCUUCUGUCGAACCAACAUUAUCCCCCAUUCUUACUGUGAGCAUAUUGGAGUGGCCCGCUUAGCCUGUGCUGACAUCACCGUUAACAUCUGGUAUGGCUUCUCAGUGCCCAUUGUCACGGUCAUCUUGGAUGUGAUCCUCAUCACUGUGUCUUACUCACUGAUCCUCCGAGCAGUGUUUCGUUUGCCUUCCCAGGAUGCUCGGCACAAGGCCCUCAGCACUUGUGGGUCUCACCUCUGUGUCAUCCUCAUGUUUUAUGUUCCAUCUUUCUUUACCUUAUUGUCCCACCGAUUUGGGCAUAACAUUCCCCGUCAUGUGCAUAUCCUGCUGGCCAAUCUCUAUGUGGUGGUGCCUCCAAUGCUCAACCCCAUUGUCUAUGGUAUAAAGACUAAUCAGAUCCGGGAGGGUGUAGUCCACUGGCUCUUUGAUGUGAAAACUUGGUGGUGUGCUGCCCCUUUGGGCUGA